CAGCAGCAAGGACACCCGUCUGUAACCAGGACGUGAGCCAGCGCUCGGGCUCUUUGCCAGAGCUGGCUUUCCUAAUCAUGUGGAAGACCCUCUAGUGCCAAAAAGCGCUCUGGACAAACCAACCCGCGACCACCUCGUGGGGCCUCGAUUUCAUGGACAGUACCUGAACCUUGUGUGGUCGGGAGUUGGCUUCUGUUUUCGCGUAGGACUUCGCUGCUCGGACAAAUGCAUACAAAUGCAUUUAGGAGCUCAAAGGACAAGGCGUGGAAACAUUUCUCCCACAGCAAAAACGAAGACCCUCCUCCUUUUUCUUGCAGCAUGUAUAGCUGUGGGUGCUACACACAUACGAGAAGAAGGCAUAGAUGUUCUUCAGCAUUUAGGCCUAAGGGGGCAAGCUGCAUACCAUCCAUCAACAGGGAUUGUCAUGCCCUCAUUGUGUUCUUCAUUACCUCAGGGGGUUCACCUAAGUGCCUCAGGAGUUGUUUUGUCCACAAACGCUGCCGUUGAGGUUCCUGUCUCUCAAGUGAUAACAUCAAGUUUAGGCUCUCAGUUCACCGUACUGAUUAGUUUACGCUCUUACAGAGCAAACAAUGCCUUUCUUUUCAGUAUUAGAAAUCAAAACAGACUGCAGUUUGGUAUACAGUUGCUACCAAGGAAGAUAAUAGUGCACACUGGAGGGAAGCAAUCUGUAUAUUUCGAUUAUACCAUUCAUGAUGAACAAUGGCACUCAUUUGCUAUUGGUGUCACAGAAAAAACAGUGUCCCUGUUUGCUCAGUGUGGAAGGAAGCAUUUAAUCAGGGAAACUCUUUCUAAAGUAAAGCAGUUUGAUUCCCAUAGUUUGCUUACCUUAGGAAGGAUGAACUCCCAUUCAGUCAACUUUGAAGGAGUAAUAUGUCAGCUGGAUAUUAUCCCCUCUGCACAAGCCUCAGUAAACUAUUGUAAAUACGUGAAACAACAAUGUCGCCAUGCAGAUACAUACCGAUCUCCGCCAACACCUCCAGAAACAUCACUUGAAGGGCUUUUAAAUAACCUGAGUGAAGAGUUGAAUGAAGAAACCUUACUAGAUUACAGGACAUUAAAGGCAAGCGAAGUAACCUCAAACCUUAAUGUCCAGGACUCUGCACCAGUCCAUGUGCCACCAGAAUCUGUAGAGAUUAGACCUGUUCCAACAUCUGUUUGCUUAAGAAAUGUUACUGCAUUGGAAAUCAUGCCUGAACAGAAUGGCCAGCGAAUUGUCAAUGUGUCAAAAAUUUAUCAGGAAGACGUCGGCAAAAGGAAGAGUGGACCCCAGACACAAACAGAAUUACAUCUAAACAUUACAGACAAUGCCACAGAAAAUACAAGCCAGAAAAAUUACCCACCACUGCUCUUUUCCAUAAAGCAGAUUAAAAAUGCAAAUAUGUUGAGAAACACAUCGAAAGAGUAUUCACGUGAACCUGUAGAGAUUCAUCAAAUUUUAAAUACCACAUUAUAUAGGGCUUCUGAUUCUUUGCCUUUGGAUAAUCAGCUUGGGCCAUGGGGUGAAGAUACAUUUCAAGUUGAUGAAACUUACAAUGCAGAAGAUCAUUAUGAGCUUGACAUUGAUGGUUAUGAUUAUGACUAUGAAGAACUGGAGAGAAUGUUUGAAAUGGAGAAUCUGAGAGGGACUAAAGGGGACCCUGGAUAUCCAGGACCUCCAGGUCCUCCAGGAUUACCUGGUCCACCAGGGAAGAGAGGCCCAAGAGGUAUUCCUGGCCCACAUGGAAAUCCAGGACUGCCGGGGUUGCCCGGUCCAAAGGGUCCUAAAGGUGAUCCAGGAUUCUCCCCUGGGCAAGCAAAACGUGGAAUAAAGGGUAAUACUGGACCAGUAGGUUUGCCAGGCCUUGUAGGCAUAAAAGGUGAAAAGGGUCCAAUUGGAUAUCCAGGGACAAGAGGACCACAAGGGGAGCAAGGAAUUCCAGGAAUGGCAGGCAACCCUGGGGCUCCUGGUUACCCUGGCAGGCAGGGUUUAGCAGGACCCGAAGGUAACCCAGGCCCUAAAGGUGUAAGAGGAUUCAUUGGACCCCCAGGAGUGGCAGGGGUGCCUGGACUUGAAGGAGAAAGAGGUAUUCUGGGUUUACCUGGAAAAAAGGGCCCAAAGGGGAUUCAGGGUCUUCCAGGUGAUUUGGGAAACAGAGGCCCCCCUGGUCCUGAUGGAAGUCCUGGGCUGGUUGGUGGUAUUGGCCCUCCUGGAUUUUCUGGACUUAGAGGUGUUUUAGGGCCAGUGGGACCAUCUGGACAACCUGGAAUUCCUGGACCUCUGGGUCUUCCAGGGAGUAUGGGGCAGCCUGGAUUGAAAGGUGAUAAGGGUGAACAAGGCAUUACAGGAGAGCCAGGGGAGCUGGGGUACCCUGGAGACAAGGGUGCUGCUGGUUUGCCAGGUCCUCCAGGAAUUAGAGGGAAACCUGGUCCCAUGGGUAAAACAGGAGAUUCUGGGUCUCAGGGACCAUCAGGCCCUCCAGGACCAGAGGGUUUUCCUGGAGAUAUUGGUGUUCCUGGUCUGAAUGGCCCGGAAGGUCCAAAGGGAAUUCUAGGCGACAGAGGACCUCCAGGACCACCGGGUCCCAAAGGAGUUGAGGGAGAAGAAGGACCUUUUGGAUCUAUUGGAGGAGCUGGACCAAGAGGAAAGCCAGGUCGGAAAGGAUAUGCAGGUGAACCAGGACCAGAAGGCUUGAAGGGGGAAACUGGAGAUCCUGGGAAUCUUGGGAAAACUGGUGAAACAGGUCCAAUUGGCUUGCCAGGUGAAAUUGGACCACCUGGAGGCUCCAGCGAGAAGGGAGAGAGGGGUAGUCCUGGCCCAGUGGGCCCACCUGGAGAAAAAGGUGUAAUGGGAUAUCCAGGACCUCCAGGAGGACCUGGGCCUAUAGGGCCACAAGGAUUGCCUGGGGCUUCAGGGCCAAGAGGAUCUCCAGGACCACAGGGACCAAAAGGUCAAAGAGGACCAAGAGGCCCAGAUGGUCCUCCAGGAGAGCAAGGGACUCAGGGUAUUAAAGGAGAAAGUGGUGACCAAGGGAAAAAAGGCAUUCCUGGACUAAUUGGCAAAGCUGGUAACCCUGGAGAAAGAGGUGAUCAAGGAGCAAUAGGUUUGCCUGGACCUCCUGGAAGCACAGGAGAUAAAGGUCCUGUAGGCGAACAAGGACCAAGGGGGCAACAAGGUGAUGCUGGUCCCAUAGGAGAAGUGGGCUUUGAGGGACCACCUGGCCCAGAGGGAGAGUCAGGACCCCAAGGAGAACCAGGUGCAAAGGGAGACAGUGGACCUGCUGGCAACCCAGGAGAACCAGGAGAGCAAGGCUUAAGAGGUGCACCUGGACCACCAGGGGAAGAUGGCAUCCAAGGGAAAGAUGGUUCAAAGGGAAAUGUAGGAGCCAAAGGACUUUCUGGAGAAGAUGGAGAUAAAGGAGAGCUUGGAAUUCCAGGAGCUACAGGCCCUGCAGGUCAACCUGGCAUAAAGGGCAUUCCAGGGCCUGAAGGAACUCCAGGAAGUCCAGGUCAAAGGGGCCGUCCAGGAAAAAAGGGGGAAAAGGGUCAACUUGGUCCCCCAGGAGAGACUGGAGUCACAGGUGACCAUGGCCAUGUUGGAGAAAUUGGUCCAAAGGGUUCAAGAGGAACUAGAGGUCCAUUGGGGUAUUUAGGUUUAAUGGGGCCUGCUGGAGAGCCUGGAAUCCCAGGUUAUGGGGGUCAUCAAGGUCAACCAGGAGCAUCUGGCCCUCCAGGACCCAAGGGAGAGAAGGGGUACCCUGGUGAAGACAGCACAGUACUGGGACCACCUGGGCCCAUAGGUGAACCAGGUCCUAUUGGUGAAUGUGGGGAUCGAGGAGAGCCUGGUGAUGUAGGUUAUGAGGGUCACCUAGGACUUCCAGGACACAGAGGUGCUAUUGGACAACAAGGGCCACCAGGUGAGCCAGGCGAGCUGGGUGAAGUAGGACCAAAAGGAGAGCGGGGAUCUCGAGGUCCCACUGGAAAAAAGGGAGUGAGUGGUCAAGCUGGGAAACCUGGAAUGCCUGGUCAGCCUGGUCCUGUAGGACAAAAGGGUCCACCCGGCUAUUCUGGACCAGAGGGCAUUCCUGGGAGUCCUGGAAAACGUGGGUUACCUGGGCAACCGGCUUCUCCUGGUAAUAGAGGAAGCCCAGGAAUAGCUGGACUGGCAGGAUAUCCUGGAACUCAGGGACCGAAGGGGUUACCAGGUAUGCCAGGAAAUGCUGGACCACCAGGACUAAAGGGUGAACAAGGACUUAGAGGUCAUCCAGGGAAGCCAGGUAAACGAAGCCUUCCUGGGACACAAGGUGAUCAAGGUGCACCAGGAGAUCCCGGCCUGAAAGGGCAUACUGGGGAAUCUGGUGAUCCAGGUCUAAUGGGAUUUCAAGGAUUCCCAGGUCCUAAGGGUCCUGAAGGUGAACUUGGUUUAAUUGGAAUUCUUGGACCAAAAGGGCCAGUAGGUCACAUAGGAAAUACUGGCCCUAUCGGUAAUGAAGGCAUCAUAGGCCCAGCAGGCAAACCUGGCCCCAGAGGUGAUAAGGGAUCCAGAGGUGAAAUUGGUCCUCAAGGCCCAAGAGGUCAUCCAGGUCUACCUGGUCCACCUGGAGCACCAGGUUCAAGAAGGCAAAUUGAUAUCAAUGCUGCUAUUCAAGACUUGAUUGAAUCAAAUGCUGCAUUUCAGAUGGAGAGCUACCAGAACACUGAAGUAACAUUUCUGGAUCAUAGUGCUGAGAUAUUCAAAACACUACAUUAUCUUAGCAAUUUACUACAUACUAUCAAGAAUCCAUUGGGAACUCGAGAGAACCCAGCACGUAUCUGCAGGGAUUUGCUUAACUGUGAACGUAAAGUCUCUGAUGGAAAAUACUGGAUUGAUCCAAAUAUUGGAUGUACUUCUGAUGCCAUUGAAGUUUUCUGCAACUUUACUGCUGGUGGCCAGACAUGUUUAUCACCUGUAUCUGUGACUAAGCUGGAGUUUGGCAUUGGAAAAGUACAGAUGAACUUUCUUCAUUUGCUGAGUUCAGAAGCAAUCCAUACCAUCACUGUUCACUGUCUAAACACUCCAGUGUGGGGAACCAAUGAACCAGGUGCCCAGAAACCCUCCAUCAGCUUCAAAGGAUGGAAUGGUCAAAUCUUUGAAGCAAAUACUUUGUUUGAACCAAAAGUGCUUCGUGAUGAAUGCAUGGUUCAAGAUGGCAGCUGGCAUAAAACUGAAUUCCUUUUUCACACUCAAUACACCAAUCAACUACCUGUCAUUCAAGUGCAUAAAUUUCCAUAUCUCAAACAAGGACAGCAGCGCUACAUAGAAAGUGGUUCAGUGUGUUUUCUCUAGGCUUCUGACUGGAAUUGGGUUUCUUACAUAAUCAUGGCAUUAUUGGAAGGAGUUCCUUACAAAACUACAGACGACUUAUAAAGAAAAGUUUUGCUUGUUUCUUAAAGUAUCUCAGGAAGAAAAAGACUUCCUCCUAAGAAGGAGAAAUGUGUUUUUAAAAAAACCUUGAUGACAUAUUUAAUUUUGUGAUUGGUGCUUGUUGUAUUAUUCUCUGGAACUGAAAAUCAUACCUGUACCUGGAAAUCCUUUGAAAAGAACCCUGUUCUUAACCUCCUUAACAGCACUGUCCAAGACCCCCUAAGGAAAGAUGGAGGCAUGCAGUACAAAGGAGCAACCUUGGUUAGUGCUCCCAAAGUGCAAUAGCUUGUAUUAUAAUGAUAUGAGAGUUAUGCCACCGAAAACAAAUCUUUUCCUUAAACACUUAAGUUGUAUUACAGUCUUUUAUGGACUGUCUUACAGUCCUUUAUGGACACAGACAUCUUAACAGAUGAUACACUACCUCUUUUGUGUUUCCUGUCUGUUUUGCCUGGUGCUUUAUAUAUAACACAAAGUGUUUGUGGCCUUAACAUAGUUUUUUGGGGGGAGGGUGCUUUUUAUUUUGUUCAAGCUGUAUGUACUGGUUACAUCAAGAGAACCUGCCGUUGUAAAAUUGAUUUUUAAUGGUCAUAUCAUUGAGUGAAAACAUUAUUUAUGUGAAAAUCUUGUUUAAAAUGUUUCUGUUUUAGACAAGGAACUGAUUCACAAGACAGGACAUUGUAUCUGGUGCAUAUAGAAACAACAGGAAUUUGUAGUUGUAGAAGGGCUACAUACAGUAGUCUAAACUUUCUGGACUGCAGUUAAGGAUUUUUUUUAACUAUCCAAGGCCACCUACAAUUUUGUAUUGUGUAAAUAUUUUGUAACUGCUGAAAAUGUUAAUACAGCAUAUAUAUUUAAAUGGGUGCUAUUAAAUUAUAAUCUGUAUUA